AUGUUAGACCAGUCAAGAGGUCAUUGGUGCAGGAAGCACAAUAGAUGGAGCAGAGGUCCGCUAGCGCAAUAUAUUGCCACAUCCCUGUCGGUCUUGGCUCCAACGGAAGUCAAGGAAGCUUUCAUUCCCUCAAUCUCCAUCAACACCUCCAAACCUGUGACAACUGGAUCACAGACAGAGCCUAUGCAAAUUUAUCACUUCCUCCUUUGUAAAGAUCUAGUGGCCGGCUUCUCACAAUGGCAACAGCAUGAGCUCUCAGUCUCCGCUUUGAAACCCUUUUCCACUCCCUUAGCCAUGACACCCCACCUCCACCCUCGAUCCCGCCUCACAACUUCCCUCUUCGGCACUACCCUCCUCAUUUCCUUCCUAGUUGUCGGCAUGCCACACAUUAUACCAUGCCCGGCGCCCCGCGUCAAGUUUGCAGAUUCGGAAUUCGAGGUUAUGGAAGAUGGGAGGCGGAGAAGGCGGCGGCGGACUACAGAUGCUCCAAUCGACGGGAGCGCUGGGGCAGACAGAGAAAAGCAGAUGCCUCUAUACAUUUCAGAAGAGGAGAAGGCCAUAAUGAGGAAGAAGGCACAUGAAUGUCCUGUUCCAAAGCCCCCUGGGAUCAUUGGAAGGGUUUUUGGCUAUAACGGUGAAGAUAGCGGAGAAGAACAGUCUAGGCCGCGAGUAGUGACGCAAAAGACAUCUGAAGUGCGAGAGGACGAACCGUGA